AAAAGCCCACAAACAAUGCCUAGGCUUUCCUCUUGGCUCUUCCACACCAAACCCAGCCGAUCCUUGUCUUCAUCAUCUUCAUCUAACAAUCCUCCAAAACAUUCACCUCUUCAAACCCUACUCAAACGUGGCUUCACUCCUACUCUCAAUUCCAUCAUCCAAUUCCUUCUCUUCCUUUCACACUCUCGCAGAUUCAACACAGUUCUCAACUUCUUCUCUCAAAUGGAGUCCAACCAAAUCAAAGGCAACUCCCAAACUCGCUCAAUUCUCACACGGGCUCUCCUAAAACUGCACAAAUAUGAAGAAGCAGAGCAUUUCAUGAGGACCCAGAUGGCCAAAGCUUCAAACUUUCCGAGGAAUCGCAUGUGGGACACUAUCAACAAGAAAGACCCAGAUAAGGCUUUGUUGGUAUUAAGGGAUUGCUUGAGGAAAUAUGGUACCUUUCCUUCUUCUUUCACUUUAUGCUCGUUAAUCUAUAGAUUUAGCUCUAUGGGGGAUAUGAGUAGGGCUAUUGAGGUUGUGGAGUUGAUGACUGAUGAGAAUAUCAAUUACCCAUUUAACAAUUUUGUUUGUAGUUCAGUGAUUUCUGGGUUUUGUAAGAUUGGGAAACCAGAAAUUGCUGUUGAGUUUUUUGAGAAUGCCGUAAAGGCUGGAGCUUUUCAGCCUAAUAUAGUGGUGUAUACAGCACUUGUUGGUGCUCUUUGUAAAUUAGGAAGAGUUAGUGAGGUUUGUGAUUUAGUUUGUAAAAUGGAGAAGGAAGGAUUGGCAUUCGAUGUUGUGUUCUAUAGUAGUUGGAUUUGUGGUUAUAUUUCGGAAGGGAUUCUAAUGGAGGUGUUUAGGAAGAAGAGACACAUGUUAGAUAAAGGCAUCAGACCAGAUAUAGUUAGCUAUACUAUACUUAUAGAUGGGUUCUCGAAGCUUGGAGAUGUGGAAAAGGCAAGCGGUUUAUUGAAAAAAAUGAGGGAAGAUGGGCUAGAACCCAGUUUGAUAACAUACACUGCCAUCAUGUUGGGAUUUUGCAAGAAUGGAAAAUUGGAGGAGGCGUGUGCUAUUUUCAAGAUGGUUGAAGAUUUGGGAAUUGAAGUUGAUGAAUUUAUGUAUGCAACUUUAAUUAAUGGGUUUUGCAUGAGGGGGGAUCUCGAUGGUGUUUUUCGUCUGCUAGAUGAAAUGGAACAGAAGGGGAUAAACCCAAGCAUUGUUACAUAUAAUACAGUAAUUAAUGGAUUAUGCAAAUUUGGGAGGACUGCCGAGGCUGAGAAGAUCUCAAAAGGCGUAUCUGGAGAUACCAUUACAUAUGGUACAUUGCUACACGGGUAUAUUGAGGAAGAAAAUAUAUCUGGGAUUUUGGAAACCAAGAGGAGAUUGGAGGAAGCUGGAGUGUUUAUAGAUGUUGUCAUGUGUAAUAUACUUAUUAAAGCACUAUUCAUGGUGGGGGCGUUUGAGGAUGCUUACCUACUGUACAAGGGAAUGCCAGAGAAGGGUUUGACUGCAAAUUCCUUUACAUACUGUACAAUGAUUGAUGGGUACUGUAAAGUUGGUAGAAUUGAUGAGGCACUGGAGAUAUUUGAUGAAUUUAGAAGGACAUCACUUUCGUCAGUUGCAUGUUAUAAUUGUAUUAUAAAUUGGCUCUGCAAGCAGGGCAUGGUAGAUAUGGCCAUGGAGGUGUUUAUUGAACUUGACCAGAAAAGCUUAACUUUGGAUGAAGGUAUCUGCAAAAUGCUUCUGAAGGCAACUUAUAAACAAAAAAGCGUGACUGGAGUUUUAGACUUUGUUCUUAGAGUGGAAAAUUUGAGUCCAGGUAUAUAUGAUGUUAUCAGCAAUGGUGCGAUCAGUUUCCUGUGCAAGAGAGGGUUUCAUGAUUCUGCAUUUGAAGUGUACGCAGUGAUGAGAAGGAAAGGACAUACAGCCAUUACCUUGCCUAUUUCUCUGUUCAAGACACUUAUAAAGAGGGGUAAAAUUUUGGCUGCAUAUCAGCUUUUCAUGGCGGCUGAAGAUAGUGUACCCGUUCUAGAUGCAUUUGAUUAUUCGCUCAUGGUUGAUGGCCUUUGCAAGGGAGGAUAUAUUAGUGAGGCACUAGAUCUCUGUGGUUUUGCUAAAACUAAGGGAAUCACCUUGAAUAUUGUCACUUAUAAUUCAGUUAUAAAUGGUCUGUGCCGCCAAGGUCACCUUGUUGAUGCAUUUCGGCUAUUUGAUUCAUUGGAGAUAAUUAAUUUGGUACCGUCAGAAAUCACAUAUGCUAUAUUGAUUGAUGCCCUACGUAGAGAGGGGUUUCUGCUUGAUGCAAAGCAAUUAUUUGAAAAAAUGGUCGUCAAGGGGUUUAAACCAAAUACACAUGUAUAUAACUCUAUUAUUGAUGGUUUUUGCAAGAUUGGACAUAUGGAAGAUGCCUUGAACCUUCUUUGUGAAUUGGAGAUGAAAAAUCUUAGGCCUGAUGCAUUCACUGUUAGUAUUGUCAUCAAUGGCUUUUGCCAAAAGGGUGAUAUGGAAGGGGCCCUAAAUUUCUUUAUUGAGUUCCAAAGAAAUGGCACAUCACCUGAUUUUUUGGGUUUCUUAUAUUUAAUGAGAGGUUUAUGUGCCAAGGGAAGGAUGGAAGAAGCCAGAAGUAUCUUGAGAAAAAUGCUUCAGUCUCAGUCUGUUGUGGAGCUUAUAAAUAAAGUUGACGUUGAGCUCAAAACAGAUUCAUUGGAAAGUUUUCUUGUUUCACUAUGUGAGCAAGGAAGUAUCCAAGAAGCGGUGACUGUGCUUAAUGAAAUCGCGUCCAUGUUUUUCCCCAUUCGGGAUUCAUCUCAUAAGCUACAGAAGCCUUGUGACAGAGAGGCUCCGAAAACAGUUGCCCCAGAAUCUGUGCCUUCCAUCAAUGCAGUUUUGGACAUGCAGUGUUCUGGUCAGAAGAAAGUAGAGAAGGUGGCAAAAACUUAUGAUGUUAUAGGGAGGAGGUCUCAGUUUCAUGACUUCAACUAUUACUAUAAGGAAAUUGCUUCACUCUGUUCGAUAGGGGAGCUGCAAAAGGCUAGUCAAUUAGUAAAGGACAUAGUUUCUAAUAUGGGCAAGAGGUAGAGUCUGGCUCUUGAUCUAUGUAGGUGCUUCCAUCACCUUUAGUGAGGCACCAUAUAUCGUGCAUGCAGCUGCAGGAGUUUCAUCAGUUAAAGUACAAGUUAUGGCUGCAACACAAUGCUAUCGAACUAAAGGAUUUGAGCUAUUGAACUCAAUCCUGACAACUGCAAACAGUGUAGAUGAUUGUUUUGGACCAGUUACACUCUUGAAUUUGUGUAGCAUUAUGAAGUUGAAACG